AUGGCUCUCACACAGUUAAACAACUCCACUUGCUCAAAAACUCAACUCCACUCAUCAUCACAUCUCUCAUUUCUCUCUAGCACUAGAACUAGGACUCUUCCUAGGCACUAUCACUCUACUUUUGCUCCACUUCAUAGAGCUCAGCAUGCUAGAAUUUCUUGUUCUGUUGUGCCAAAUCAAGUGCAGGUUCCAGCUGCACAAACACAGGAUCCCAAGGGUAAGCCUAAUUGCUAUGGAGUCUUCUGCCUUACCUAUGAUCUGAAGGCUGAAGAGGAAACAAAAUCGUGGAAGAAGUUGAUUAACAUGGCUGUCUCAGGUGUUGCUGGAAUGAUUUCCAAUCAUCUACUUUUCAAGCUUGCAUCUGGUGAAGUUUUCGGUCCAGAUCAACCUAUUGCACUGAAAUUGUUAGGAUCAGAAAGAUCAAUCCAAGCUCUUGAAGGUGUGACGUUGGAAUUGGAGGACUCUUUGUUUCCUUUGCUGAGGGAGGUUGUUAUCAGCAUUGAUCCUUAUGAGGUCUUCCAAGAUGCAGAAUGGGCUUUGCUAAUAGGCACAAAGCCUCGAGGACCUGGAGUGGAGCGUGCAGCUUUGCUAGACAUUUAA